AUGGCUGAUGCUUCCAUGGACACGUUACUCCAACUGGUCUCCGCCAACCUCUCCAUUCACACUGUGAGCCUGUUACCUGUGGACCUGUCUGUCAGUCUGUUACCUGUGGACCUGUCUGUCAGUCUGUUACCUGUGGACCUGUCUGUCAGCCUGUUACCUGUGGACCUGUCUGUCAGUCUGUUACCUGUCAGCCUGUUACCUGUGGACCUGCCUGUCAGUCUGUUACCUGUCAGCCUGUUACCUGUGGACCUGCCUGUCAGUCUGUUACCUGUGGACCUGUCUGUCAGCCUGUUACCUGUGGACCUGUCUGUCAGUCUGUUACCUGUGGACCUGUCUGUCAGCCUGUUACCUGUGGACCUGUCUGUCAGUCUGUUACCUGUCAGCCUGUUACCUGUGGACCUGCCUGUCAGUCUGUUACCUGUGGACCUGUCUGUCAGCCUGUUACCUGUGGACCUGUCUGUCAGCCUGUUACCUGUGGACCUGUCUGUCAGUCUGUUACCUGUGGACCUGUCUGUCAGCCUGUUACCUGUGGACCUGUCUGUCAGCCUGUUACCUGUGGACCUGCCUGUCAGUCUGUUACCUGUGGACCUGUCUGUCAGUCUGUUACCUGUGGACCUGCCUUUCCACCUUCAAAACGAUCCAGAAACACCUGUUGAUCCAGAAACUGCACCAUAUCAACAUUCCCCCCAUCUGAUCCAUCUCAUCCACAACUUCCUCACUGACAGACUGCAAGCAGUGAGGGUGGGCUCAGCCACAUCCCCUGGACUCACGAUCAACACCGGAGCUCCACAGGGAUUUUCCCUUGUGGCAGCUGCAGGCAAAUCAAGCGCCCUGCAGAGCAGCAUCACGUCGCCCUCAUCUGGUGUCGUGGACAGCCAGACUCAACCACAGAUGAGUCAGCAGCAGCAGCCCUGUCUGCCCAUAACUGUACCUCUACCCGCCCCAAUGAAGAAGAUGCCCUCAGAGUUUCCCUCCUGUCCCCAUCACCAGACUGCCCAACCAUCUACUCACCUGUCCCCACUUUCCUCAUCAGUCCUCCAGACAGGACCGUGCACAGGUGUUUUGGAGGGCUCCAUCAUGGUGAAGCCAGGUGCACUGCUCCUCCUGCUGGCAGAGAAGAUAGGCUAUCCCGAGUCCGUGUCACUGCCAGGGCUUUUUCCAGUUAUCACAGAAGAAGCAAGCUGCUAUACUGUGCUGAAAUUCAAAUCACCCACCCAAGACGUGCAACUCACACUCUACAAAGCUGUCUCACAAGCAGCUCUAAAAUUUGAAACAGUCCAUAUGAUUUCAGAUGUCCCUUCUUUGUUUGAGGUGUCUGCAAGAAGUGGAGGCAGUGUUGUGGCUUCUAAAGUUUUUACUAGCGAUACUCUAAGUGCUGGAGACUACAUAGACAUAAGUGGAUGCAGAUAUUCUGGGGUUGCUGUGAAACGUGACGGUAUGUACGAGAGCUCUACCUGCUCUGACGUAACCUGCGAUGUUUUAGUCGGAACUGCCUCGGCAACAGACGCUUGUGACACUUUUGAGACUUGCGCGGCUGGCGUAUGCGUUACACCCAAGGCAGUGUGCACUGUGACUGGUUCUUCUAUCAUUGAUUUCAACAAUAACGCAAUCAAAGUCACAGAUCGCUGCGCAUACACUCUGUUGAAGCCUUCAUCAGGCUCCAGUUAUGACCUGGUGGCAGUUUUCAAGGAACGACGACGUAAAGAUGUGGCAUUUUUGGACCACUUGAUAUUUCAAGUGUCGGGGACAAAGAUCUAUGUGGAACAAGGUGGAAGAGUUGAGGUUGAUAGUAACCCACUGACACUCACCGACCAGUUUGAGACCCAGCACGGUGUGGAGAUCCGCAAGGUACAGAACGAAGUUACUUUCAAGGUACCCGGCACCUCAUUGGAAGUCGUCUAUGAUGGCUACAGUGCACAUGUGUCAGGACCAACUGACAGUAAUGUCAAGGGCAUGUGUGGUAACCCCUCUGAUGCAGUCUACGCCCCCACCUUCAGUGACCUCAAGUCUUCUGAAAGUGACUCUGAAUGUGGCACUGAAAAAACCGACGACAGCAUUGAUCCAGACUGCGCGCCCAUAACUGCUCACUGUGAACUCCUGAACCAGGCUCCCUUCGAUACCUGCAAUGAGCACAUUGACACAACGUCCUACAUCAGUGCCUGCAAAUCCAUCUUGUGCCACUACCCAGAUGUGGACGGUCACAAAUGCCAGUUUUUUGAGGCUUAUGCCAAGUCCUGCAAACUGUCCUUCGACAUCACAUUGGACUGGAGUUCAGUAGAGGGCUGCUCAUCUGACCCUCAUCCCUGUCACAGCCAGCACUGCGCUGACCACGAGUUCUGUGGUGAUAAGACGGAUGGAACCCGCUGCUUCUGCCGGGCCCUGUAUGCCGCCCAGUACCCAAAUACUUUCGGUGAACCAACUGCCUGCACGACAAAGACUGCUACUCUUAAGAUGGCAAACUGUUUGCUGGAGGACAGUGGCAUUGACCACACCACCCUACACCUCAAGCAGACGGACUGCACUGGUACUUUUGAUUCCAUGACCAACAUGGUGACCUUCCACUUCGAUGACAGCAGCAACACCUGUGGGACGGAGGUUUCGAAAGAGGGCAACGACGUGAAAUACGCAAACACCAUCACAACUCAGGACUAUUCCAAUGACGUUAUCGUUCGCCACGACCAAGUGAUGAUCGACUUCUCCUGCCUCUACAGAAUCCCUGAGCUCAACCAAGUGACCUUAAAGAUCGUGGACAGCUCUGUGGAGAAGACAAUUACUUCUGGAGAUUUUACUUUCUCACUGACGAUGAGCGCGUACACUGACAGCCAGCACCAGAACCUUAUUGAUGAGAACACUGACCUCCACCUGAACCAGAAGAUCUAUGUGACGCUGAUGACGACAGGGCUGGAUUCCAACAAGGUUGUCUUAGUGACCAAAUCCUGCUCAGCAGAAAGCGAGGAAGCAGGAGUCGGCGAUUCACCGUACAACCUCAUCAGUAACAAAUGUGGUGAUGACUCGACGGUGGAGCUGGAGGGAAACGGGGUGCAAACGUCCAACUCCUUCUCUUUCAACCUGUUCCAGUUCACUGGGAAAAGUGGCAAGAUCAACCUGAACUGUGAGGUGGAGCUGUGCCUGCCUGAGGAGGAACAAUGCGAUCCGGACUGUAGCAGUAAAAGGAGGCGCAGAUCUUUCAGGUCUAAAUAUGAUAGAAACUCGGCCCGUAUCUCUAUGUCCUGGAAUAAUUAAAGACAGCUCCCCUUCUGAUGGAUUACAAGGUGAUUCCUGAUUUGAGCUUCAUCCCAACAAGAAGUUAUCGUUGCUGUGAAACAGCGUCGGCAGAUAAUCUUCGUUUCAUCCACCUGAGAUGGCGUUUAUU